AUGUAUGAAUCCUAUCGCCCGCAUCCCCUCCUCGCCCAGGUCCCAUUGACCGUCUCCCCCUUCAUCAAUCUCCCCACCUCCGUCACUCUCCCCUACACCUACAAAUCCGUCUCCUCGGCACUCCCCCCAUCAGUCACAGUCGAUCCCAACAACCCCGACGCCAAGGCGCGUUAUGUGGUCUCUCCGAGCGGCGAGCAUGCCGCGCACCCCGAUGAGAUCCUCACCGCAUGCGACUCGCUGGGACAUCACUUGAAGAAGACCCGCAACGAUGCCGCCGAUGCCAUCAAGGCCUGGGAAGAAUCGAUUCGCCAGCGAGAUCUGGCAGAGAAGAGACGCGUUGCGCCCGGGUGGCUGGACCGCGAUGAGAAACUGCUGCAGCCGACCAGAACAUCUGCAUCCCCGAGCUCGAAAGCCGAAGCUGAGCAGAGCCUGCUGGAUAGCUCUUCAGUCGACCAGGGAUCUUCGACGUUGCCGACUAUGGUGCCUCGAAAUGAGGGAGAAGAACUUGAUAGAGCAUUUGGUGGGCUGGGUGUGAAAUGA